AUUUCAGAAGUUGCCUCUUUUGGCUCGACCACCCUGAAUGCCAUCACUCACUGAGGUCAGGAGCUCAUGUGACCCACCCCCACCUCGAGUGACGAGGUUGGACUUAAGCCCCCCUCAUAUGAGGAGGUGCAGCAGAGGCUUGCUCAGCACAGACAGCGAGAGGAGACAGCAGACAGACCAAAGAGGAGGAUGAGGAUGAUGACGAUGAAGUAUUGGCUGUGGAGCAUCGUGUGCAGCGCCCCCUUGCUGCUGGUCGACGUGUUUGCCACCUACCAGGUCUUAGCAGCAAAGAGCUUUGCACAGAGCAGAAACAACGCCCGACCACCCGCCAGGACCCUCAACCUAGCAAUUCACAGAAGUGACUACACGUAUAGAGGAGGGUAUCACUACCACUACCAGCCACCAAGGAUCCCUCCAGCGGUAGUGUAUCCACCUUUUCCUCGAUCUCCUCCAGUGACUUACCACAGACACCCACAUGCUCCCAUGUGGCCCUAUCACCACACAUUCAAGGGACCACAGGUACCACGGGUGCCGCACAUUUACAAAGGCCCUGUAGCUCACCAUCCCCAGCAUAAACUCAAAGGCCUCUUACCUUACCACUCGAAAAAAGGCCCUUGCCCGACAAAAUCCAACCCCACUGUUGCGACUACGCCUGUGGUGUACCUUCCGGCCGUCCCUCCCACCCUGCGGCAAACCACACCGCCACCCCUGCCACCGACGACAGCUGCGCCGCUAACAACCGCCAUGCUGGUGGUGACCACUACUGCACCGCCUGCCGUGGAGACCACCACUCCAGUGCCGGUCAGUACCCAAAGCGGCCCCAUCACCACCGUCAGUCCUGUGGAGACAGCUAGCAACAGGCGUGGAGCAGAGACAGACUCUCAGUGCAGGAGCCGCCCCUUGGACCUGGUCUUCAUUAUCGACAGCUCACGUAGCAUUCGUCCUGGUGAUUUUGAGAAGGUCAAGAUAUUCCUGGCGGACAUGGUGGACACGUUGGUAGUGGGCUCGGAUGCCACCAGAGUAGCCGUGGUCAACUACGCCAGCACAGUCAAGAUCGAAUUCCUGCUCAAGGACCACUUCAGCAAAGCCGACAUGAAGAAGGCCAUCUCUCGGAUCGAGCCCCUGGCCUCAGGCACCAUGACGGGUUUGGCCAUUAGGACGGCGUUGAACGAAGCCUUCACCGAGCAGUCCGGAGCCCGACCUCGCUCUAGGAACAUCUCCAAAGUGGCCAUCAUCGUGACGGAUGGUAGACCUCAGGACCAAGUGGAGGAGGUGUCCGCUACCGCCCGGGCUGCGAGAAUCCAGAUCUACGCAGUCGGGGUGGACCGUGCCGACAUGGCGUCUCUGAGGCAGAUGGCCAGCUUACCUCUGGAUGACCAUGUCUUCUACGUGGAGACGUACGGCGUUAUUGAGAAGCUCACCUCCAAGUUUCGGGAGACCCUGUGCGGUCUGGACCCCUGUGCCGUUGGAAAUGACUGCGAGCACACUUGCAUCAACAGCAAUGCCUCCUUUUACUGCAAGUGCCGCAAUGGUUAUAUCUUGAAUGCGGACCAGAAAACAUGUUCCCUGAAACAGGUGAAAGCCGAGGUGGUGGCGGAUCCUUGCAAGUGUGAAGCCAGACUGGCUUUCCAGAAGCAGACGCAGGCCGCCAUCCAACAGCUCACUGCCAAACAUAUCCUUCCUGUUUUAAACAGCACACACUUUAAGCACCCUCUAUGA